AUGAUAGUGGACGAAAAGAGGGAGGUCACACAAUUGAGUGACCACAACCUUAUUAGUAUGAUAUGUCACAUAUUGGUGAAGAUUAUAAACAAAUUGAAAGCAGCUAAUAUCGCAAUGGAGAAAAUUGAGAGGGCAGAAAAGCUACAGCAUACAGUAGACUACCUGACCUCCAAGGAAGCAAUCCGAGAAGGCAUUCGGAGAGCCACCAAAAUAACAAGAAAAAGUAGCGAUAAUAUUUUUGACUCACCUGGGCUAAAAAAUGCUCUUAAGGAGAAGAAAGAGGCGAAUAAGAAAUGGAGGGAAGCGAUGAGAACCCGAAACUGGCAUGAGAUACUACGAAUGAAGGCUGAAUUCCGACAUAAACAGGAACAGCUAACCGAAGCUAUCUCAGUCGAAGAGAGGAGAGUCACGAGAAUCGCAGUAGAAAAAUACUUGAGGGCCCUCGUCACGAGCGAUCGAAAAGGUUUUGGAGAUCUAAUCAAUGACAUCUUCGAAGGGAGAGAACCCAUCCCAGAAGACUGGAAACGUGGGCGAGUCUCACUGCUCGAGAAACCGAACUCCAAAACGGGAGACCUGGAAACGUACAGACCAACAACUGUAUCCACGGUACUCUACAGGAUAUUCACGAAGAUAUUAACUACGAGAAUAACUGAAUGGAUGGAGAAGGAGAAGAUACUCGGAGAAAUGCAGUGCGGUUUCAGACGGGACAGACGUGGAGCCGAUAAUAUAUUCAUCCUGACGUCGGCGAUCGAGUUCGCUCGAAACAAGGAAAGGAAUGCUGGCAUGCUUCCUGGACUGUUCGAAAGCGUACGAUCGAAUAUCCCGCACGAAGUUUUGGGAAAAACUGGAAGACCUGGGUAUGAACACCAGUUGGAUCAAGGUGAUAAAGACGAUCUACUCCAAUAA